CCAGCUGGAUCCAGCCCCUGCCUUCUGUCUCGGGUGGCCAGGACUUGAAAGAAAAGUGGACGUAGGAGGGAGCGAUGAUGCAGAAGUUACCUAAAAAUUGGGGCGGAGAAAGGAGGCUACAGUUAAGAAGGCGAAAAAACUGCAAAAGUAACAGCGGAAAAGUUGGGAGGUCCGGUGGGUUCCCUGUUCCGGGGGAAGGAUCAAGUACCACGGCAGCAAAACUUUUUCCUUCUCUGAUUCAGGAAGGUGCUAGAGAAAAACAUGGAAUUCAUUUCCCCAACAGUGAUUAUAAUCUUAGGUUGUAUUACUCUUUUAUUACUUCUUCAGUGGAAGAACUUGCGUGGACCCCCGUGCAUAGGGGGCUGGAUUCCUUGGAUUGGAGCUGGAUUUGAGUUUGCAAAAAACCCUCUAGAAUUUAUAGAGAAAGCAAGAAUCAAGUAUGGACCAAUAUUUACAGUCUUUGCUAUGGGCACCCGAAUGACCUUUGUUACUGAAGAAGAGGGAAUUAAUGUGUUUCUAAAGUCCAAAGAAGUAAAUUUUGAACUAGCAGUUCAAAAUCCUGUCUAUCGUACAGCAUCAAUCCCAAAGAAUAUCUUUUUAAAACUGCAUGAGAAACUUUAUGUCAUGGUGAAAGGGAAAAUGGGGACUUUCAAUCUAUAUCAAUUCACGGGACAAUUGACCGAAGAAUUACACCACCAGCUGGAGAGUUUAGGCCUUCAUGGGACCAUGGACCUGAACAACUUAGUGAGGCAUCUCCUUUACCCGGUCACAGUGAAUGUGCUCUUUAAAAAAGGUCUGUUUCCCACAAAUGAGAAGAAAAUCAGGGAGUUCCAUCAGCACUUUCAAGCUUACGAUGAAGGUUUCGAAUAUGGGUCCCAGUUGCCAGAAUGUCUCCUCAGAAACUGGUCAAAAUCCAAAAAAUGGCUUCUAGCACUUUUUGAGAAAAAGAUUCCAGAUAUAAAAACAUACAAAUCUACAAAAGAUAAUUCCCUGACAGUAAUGCAGGCUCUGCUGGAUCUCCUAGAGAUGGAAACGAAUGAACAAAAGAGUCCCAAUUAUGGCCUCUUACUACUUUGGGCUUCUCUGUCCAAUGCUGUCCUGGUUGCAUUUUGGACACUUGCAUUUGUCCUCUCUCAUCCCAAUAUCCACAGGACCAUUGUGGAAGGUAUAUCAUCUGUGUUUGGCACAGCAGGUAAAGAUAAGAUUAAAGUGUCUGAGGAUGACUUGAAGAAACUCCCUUUAAUUAAAUGGUGUAUUUUGGAAACCACUCGUUUAAGAGCCCCUGGUGUCAUUACUAGAAAAGUGCUGAAGCCGGUUAAAAUUUUGAACUAUACCGUUCCUUCUGGUGACUUGUUGAUGUUGUCUCCGUUUUGGCUACAUAGAAAUCCAAAGUAUUUUCCUGAACCUGACUUGUUCAAGCCUGAACGUUGGAAAAAGGCAAAUUUAGAGAAGCAUGCUUUCUUGGACUGCUUCGUGGCAUUUGGGAGCGGGAAGUACCAGUGUCCUGGAAGGUGGCUUGCUCUGUUGGAGAUUCAAAUAUUCAUUAUUUUAAUAUUUUAUUAUUAUGACUGUAGUCUUCUAGACCCAUUGCCAAAACAGAGUUCUCUUCAUUUGGUGGGUGUCCAGCAGCCGGAAGGAGAGUGCCGAAUUCAAUUUAAACAAAGAAAAUGAUGUCUGCUGAGCCUAAGGAGGGCCAAGGGCCUUCUGGAGGAGUGACUGUCCCCCAUCUACUAGCCUGGCAGCAUCUAGACCUGAGUUCAACUAAAACGUGUCACUUAAUUUUGUUUUCAGAUUUAGUUCAGGACCAUGUCCAGAUGGGAUGUGUGUUUGGUAUCUCAAAGAGUAGACCAAGAAUCUGACACCACUCUCACUGAUGCAGAGACCCCAAUACAGGGUUUAUAGAAAAUGGUUCAAUGAUCCCAAAAGAGGCAUUUCUUAAGUUGGAAUUUGGUUUCAUGUAUUAUCAUAUCAAAACUUCAAAUAGAAAUAGUCAUUUGAAUGAAGAUUUUAGUACAUUAAAUUCACUGUGAAGACAACAUACUUAAACUUCUAUUUUGAAAAAGGUUAAAAGUCUUAGACUCUAAAAAGUAUUAAAUAAUGAUUUCUGAGAAAUUGCUAUUUUUCUGAAUAUGAUUCUUAACUAACAACUGGAACUCUGAAACUGCUAUUAAUAUAAUUCUUUAUUAAACAUGUCUAAUGCCAAAUGCAUGAAUAAAAUGAUAGCUUUCUAAGACCUGUGAAGUAAGGGAUCAUGUCUGAUCCUCAUUUCUACACUCAACUCUGCCUAAGACAUCAUCUUCUCUAUAAGGCAUAUUCAAUACACGUAUGUUGGUUAGUGUACUGAUUUGUAUUUUAGUUAAGAUGAAAGCACUUUUUAAAAAAUUUUUUAUCCUUAUUGGAAUAUAAUUGCUUUACAGUAUUGUGUUAGUUUCUGCCAUACAACAAAGUGAAUCAGCUAUUUUGUAGUUUAAGAGAUAAUAGUUUUCCUAAUUUAUAGAAACUCAAAUGAUGUGUCAAGGCAAAUAACAUCUCAAUCUAUUACUUAAGACUUUGGCCUGAAAUACUAUGAAAUCCAGAAAAGAAAUCCAUCAUAUUCAGGGAAAAUAUAUGACACUUAUCACAGCGUGAUCGGUGAUGUCAUGAUUUCUCCUCUAACAGUCAAUGAAAUGCU